UGAUAAUGUCAUCGACAAAUAAGCAGUAGAAUCAAAUUUUAUCCAUUUGUGUUCGACUCUAUUUCGAACGAGAAAUUUUUUGUAGUUAAUUUAAAAAUCGUUAUCAAUGAUUUGAUAAAGAGUAUUUCAAAACAAUCAGAACGCUUUUCGUCAGCGACAACAAUGUCAAUCAACACAAAGCGAUAAAAUAUAAAGAAGUCAAAGUCACGAUGAAAUCAAAGAAAUGUGGUAAUAAAUAAGUGGAAUAAACACUUGAUAUUUUGGAAUCUUAGUUUAAAAACAAAGUUCAUCGUCGUAAGAUCAGACAUUUGAAGCAAACGUGUCAAAGUGCGAAGGAAAAGUACAAGUGAAAUGGAUUCAAAAUUAAUGCUAGUUUUGGUUGUAGCUAUAACUUGUGGCCACAGCCAAGUUUUGGGUGAUCGACUCGAGACUUCUGAAAUUUCCCACAAAUUUGAAAGUGAUCAAAUGAGCGGAUGGGAAAUUAACGAAUAUGUUGGCAUUAAUGCACUAAAAUUCAAUGAUAGUAUUAAACUUCCAAAGAUCAAGUCGAGAACGGAAGUGCUUAUAGAAGUGAUUGCCACAUCAAUCAAUCCUUUGGAUCAACUCAUGACAGCGGGUUAUGGUCAACGAGUGUUGAAUACACUUCGUCAUUUGAAAAAGAUAAAAGAAUUCCCUUUGAUUCUUGGACGAGAGUUUUCUGGUGUUGUCAAAGCAAAAGGAAAGUCUGUGCGAAAAAAUAUUCAAGUCGGUGAUAAAGUUUUUGGAAUCGUUCCCACACAUCAACCAGGAUCGCUUGCAGAAUAUGUUAUAGUAGAUCAAAAGACUAUAGUCCGUAAGCCAGAAAAUAUUGAAGACGUCGGAGCGUCUGGGAUAAUGUUUGCUGGUUUGACAGCCUGGUCAAGUUUAUAUUUAUCUGGAUUGGCUGGAGGUCUGCGAGGAGCAUUAACAUCAAGAGGAGGUGGAAAAGGACUAAGUGUUUGUAUUUUGGGUGCAUCUGGUGGAGUUGGUACGCUAGCAGUUCAAAUAGCCAAAGCCGAACAAAUGAACAUAUCAGCCACCUGUAGCACAGACUCGGUUGAAACAGUUAAGAAACUUGGUGCUGGUCGUGUUAUCGACUACAGAACAGAGAAUGUGAGUGAAGCAGUUCGUGGACAGUUUUACGAUAUAAUUUUAGAUGCUGCUGGAUUGGGUGCCGAUUAUGCUACAAGCCUCCCUUGGAAAUUCAGUCAAUAUAUCACAUUACAGCCACCGCUUCUGAAUGACACUGAUUCAGGUGGCAUUAUUUUAGGAUCAGUCAAAAGCGCUUUGACUUUGAUCAAAAAUAAUGUAAAAACAAUUCACGGCAAAAGAGGAUUAUUGAAAUGGGGAUUUUUCAUACCAGCACCGCAAGGCAUUGAAUAUUUGAGAAAACUGGUCGAAAAUGGCCAAUUGAAGCCGAUUAUCGAUUCGACUUAUGACUUUAAUGCAGCAAAAGAAGCAUUUGAGAAGGUGGCCAAAGGACAUUUGAGAGGCAAAGUAGUGGUAAAAGUCAAGUAACCAUCGCAAAAUGAAAUGAAGAACAGAAAAAAUGCAUUUGUUUUCUGUAUCAGUUUUAUAAAAUAAAAUAAAAAGUUUGCAUCCCGAUAA